CGGAGGUCAUUGAGGAGAGGCUGAGGCUGAGGCUGAGUUUGUGCUGCUCUCUCUGCCCUGCCUCCCCCCUCCUCCUCCUCCUCCUCCGGCUACCCGGCCUCACUAUGCUCCGUCAGGCCGUUCGGCUCCGGCCGUGUGUCCGGCUCCGGCCCCGGCCCGAGUGCCGGGCGGCGAUCGCGGGGCCCGGCCGGCCUCCUCCUCCUCCUCCUCCUCCUCCCUCCCGCUGCUGGUACUCGCUCAGCGCCUACGGCAAACCCGACUCUGGCCCCGGCCCCGGCCCCGGCCCCGGCCCCGGCCCCGGCUCCGGCUCUCAGCGCUUCCUGCUGCCCAGGAGCGGGCUGCCGUCCCCGGCCAGGAGGUGGUACAGCCUCCCCCCGCAUCAACUGGUGCCAUUACCUGCCCUGUCACCCACAAUGCAGAUGGGAACUAUAGCCCGGUGGGAGAAGAAGGAAGGAGAUAAAAUAAAUGAGGGAGAUUUAAUAGCUGAGGUGGAAACAGACAAGGCAACUGUAGGCUUCGAGAGUCUGGAAGAAUGUUAUAUGGCGAAAAUCCUAAUGCAAGCAGGAACCCGAGAUGUGCCACUUGGUACGAUCAUCUGCAUCACAGUUCAAAAACCUGAGGAUAUUGAAGCUUUUAAGGAUUACACUCCAGAUGCAGCGGCAGCAGCUUCUGCCCCAACAGCCCCAGCAGCUGCUGCAACCCCUUCCACACCCUCAUCUCCACCCAAAGCUCCAGGCAGUUCUUAUCCUUCCCACAUGAAGAUUGUCUUGCCUGCUCUUUCUCCAACGAUGACAGUGGGCACUGUUCAACGAUGGGAGAAGAAAGUUGGUGAGAAGUUGCGUGAAGGUGACCUUAUAGCAGAGAUUGAAACAGACAAAGCAACAAUAGGUUUUGAAGUAAUGGAAGAAGGUUAUUUGGCCAAGAUUCUAAUAGCUGAGGGUACACGGGACGUUCCUCUUGGGACAUCACUGUGCAUCAUUGUAGAGAAGGAGUCGGACAUUCCAGCAUUUGCUGAUUAUGUGGAAACUGGAGUUGCUGAUAUUAAGCCACAACCUCCUCCACCGCCACCUCAAGCUGCACCUCUCGCACAACAGCCUGUGGCAGCACCAACUGUAUCUCCCCCAAUCAAGUCUAGAGAUCCCAAAGGCCGAGUCUUUGCCAGCCCUUUGGCAAAAAAAUUGGCAGCUGACAAGGGCAUUGACCUCAAACAAGUUAGAGGUACUGGACCAGAUGGACAAAUCAGGAAAAAGGAUGUUGACUCGUUUGUGCCUUCGAAGGCAGCCCCAGCUCCGACUCCAGCUGCUCCUGGGAUAGCACCUGUACCUACUGGAACAUUUACAGACAUUCCUAUCUCCAAUAUACGAAAGAUCAUAGCUCAGCGUCUUAUGCAGUCCAAGCAGACCAUCCCCCACUAUUACCUAUCUAUAGAUGUCAUUAUGGAUAGGAUUCUGGAGCUUAGGAAGCAAUUGAAUGAGGAAGUCAAAUCUGAAAACAUUAAGCUGUCAGUAAACGAUUUUCUCAUAAAAGCUUCAGCUUUGGCAUGCUUAAAGAUUCCUGAAGUAAAUUCCUCUUGGCUGGACACAGUUAUCAGGCAAAACCAUGUUGUGGACGUUAGUGUGGCUGUGAGCACUCCUGCUGGUCUGAUUACUCCCAUAGUGUUUAACGCACAUAUCAAAGGAUUGGUGUCCAUCUGUAAUGAUGUGAAAUCCUUAGCUGAAAAGGCUCGUGAAGGAAAACUCCAGCCUCAUGAAUUUCAGGGUGGAACAUUUACAAUAUCUAAUCUAGGAAUGUAUGGUAUAAAGAACUUUUCGGCCAUUAUCAACCCACCCCAAGCAUGCAUUCUAGCUGUUGGUGGAUCAGAACAAAGACUGCUUCCUGCAGAAAAUGAGAGGGGAUUUGAUGUUUCCAAUGUGAUGGCAGUAACCCUGAGCUGUGACCAUCGUGUUGUGGAUGGAGCAGUUGGUGCCCAGUGGCUAGCUGAGUUCAAGAAGUUCCUUGAAAGGCCAUCUACCAUGCUGUUAUAAAUCACAGGAACCAAUGUCUGAGUGUCAAGUUUUUUUUUCCCUCAAGUGGUUUUAUUUAUAAAUUCCAGUAUUUGCAUGAAAUUCUUAUUCUCCCAUUACCCAUGUAAGAUUGAAGUAUGUGUACAAUAGAGAAAAGAAGGUAUGCAGUUGAGCUAGAAUCCAUAGUGAAUAGAGGAAAAACCUCAUGCUGUUUACUAAUUCAUCCCACCUUAGCAACAUAUAGUGUUCUAACUGAAUUCAUAACUGAUCAUUAAGUCAAAUCCAGCACCAGGCAUGCUGUGUGCUGGACAUUAGCUCCUUGUUCAGAUGCUACAAUCUAAAAAGCAGUCAAAAAACAAACUAUUUAAAGCUAAGGGAGUUUUUUUUCUUUUCUCAUAAAAUUAGAAUUCAAUGGGAAAACACUUCUCUGUCUAACACGAUUGUAAAUGCAUUCUUUAAGAACACCUCUGGUGGUAUGAAAUCGGUAGCAUGAGCUGGGUUAAUCCUCACUGGGGACAGGGUAUAUUUUAUGUAUUUCUCUUAAUUAGUUGAAUUAAAAUCAAAGAGAUAAAGUACUAGAUUAAUUGUAUAUCUUCUGGUCCAAUAUUGUUAUUAAACUAGAACUAUUUUACAGAGGCUUGGAACUAUUGUAAAGACAAGUGGUAUAAAUGGAUAUUGAUUUCAGUGUUGCACAUUAGUACUUAUUAAUUGGACAAGAGUGACAAAAUUUUUUCCUUUCCUUAUUCUCGCAUUUCAUAUAACCAAUUGUUUAAAGUGGGUUUUACCCCAGAACUUAAAAAAAAAAGUGCAUCUUCUCAGCCGUUUCCCAGUGUAAAUUGUGUUUACUAUAUAUAAAAUUUGGGAGGCAAAGAAACCAUUUUUAGUGUAUUAUGUUGUUCAUGUGCCACAUAGCAGAUGAUAUAUUAUUUUAUUGCUGACAACAGAUAAAUUAAUAUUAAAUCCUGACAGUUUAUUGAGCUUCAGAAUUGUUCCUUCAUGUAAGUGUGGUUUUAACCAGAUUAGUUUACAAGUCUGGGGGCUCUGAUGUGUUCACAACACUAUUCAAGAUCGGCUGAGUGCAAUUAAAUUUUGAAAUAUUAUAUCUUGACGCAGAAUUCAGAGAUUCAUGUAUGCAAUCAACUUUCAGUCCUUUUAUGAUAUCACUGGAAUCAGUACCUGCUUUGUUCCAGUUUACACAUUCUUUGUUUAGUGUGCAGCCAGAUGUUGGAGACAGGUAACUGCACACAGAGUAAAUUGGAAGGAAAGAAUAACAGUUGUCUUUGGGAUGAUUUUAUUCAAGUCUCUGUCUAUUCUGUCAUUUUUUAUGGGGGGGGGGGGUCAAGGUUUUCUUAUAAUAGGAUUGACAUUUUAACAAUUAAAUAUAAAAAUAAAAGCUUAGGAAUAAAAGAACAUGAGCCCAAACAUAUUUUAUAUAGUCUUUAGUUCACAUUCUUGGCGCAGUCUAAUUAUUGUUCUGUUUACUGCCUAAAGAUCUAUUGAUCAUUCUUACCACUCCAGACAUUAUUCUUAAUGCCUUAUUAUUUAAUAGAUAUAAACAGCAAGUUAACAAAUAGGAAAGUGGGGGGAGGUGGGGAAUAAAAGCUGCACAUGAAACCAAAUUAAAUGUACAGAUCUGUACAAUAUUUCACAUUUGUAUGUCAAUUGGUGUCAACAACAAAAUGCCAUAUUCUUCAUUAAAUUAAUACUUGUUAAAGUAUAUUUGUGCAUGCUCUUCACUACGGUGUGAUCAAUCCCACCGUCAUCCUGAAUCAAUGUGUGCUGCAAAAAGGAAUAUUUUACUUCCAACAUCAUGGAUGUUGGAGAAUCAACUUGAUUCUCAAAGCAGAUUGCCUUGACAUUCUGUAUAUCUAUAGGGAUGUGUAAUAAUGCUUGAUUAGUAAGUAGAGUUUUCAUAACUUUGCUUGCUCUAGUGAUUGUUGGUGGCCAAGUUAUUUUCUAAUCCACUAAUCGAUGUACUUAGUCCCAUUUUAUAUGAAUGUUCUAAAAAGUGUCCCUUUUCUUUCUGUAGCACCUUUCAUUUGGGGUUAUGUGCUGUUGGAUUGCCAGUGGGUCUGAGCAACAUAGGGUUUUCCUGUUGGUUGUAGCUCAGCAUUGUUAACAUGGAAGUUAUGAUGCUGCACACAUUGAUCUAACUAUAUAUAUAUAUAUAUAAAAAAAGUAAAAUCUGGACAAUUUGUUUUGGUAGCAGCACCAUUUUACUGUACAACUAAAUUCAGCAUUAAAAUUAUUUUUUUUAAACCAAAAAAUCCUGAAACUUACUUUUUGUUGGACAGGGAAACAAAACGCACAAAUAGAUGGUAAGGUAUGUGUAAGCUUAUGGUAAAAUGUGUAAUACUAUAUAUGUAUUGUUACUUCAAGCCACAACCUCCCAGAUUAGCAACUCUGUUUGUAGUGGCAUCUUCUUGGGAAAUUUCUAUUAAAAACCAGGACUAAAAUAAAAUAAUAGUACAAAAA